CUUUUGUAUGAUCAAUGAAUCAUGAGGCGCAAGGGAAAAUCUCUGAGUGGGAAGAAAACAUCGUCAGAGGGCCCAACGAGUAUUGAAUCCGAUGGCCGACUGUUGAAAAUGGAGAGAGUCUCGUCAAUGGGCGAAUUGAGCUCCAUGAACUUCUCCAAUGGCAUUCUGCCCCACCUCGGCGAACAAAGUAAUAAUUACAAGGUCAAGCUACGUCGUUCAAUCAUCUCCCCUUUUGAUCCCCGCUACAGAGCUUGGCAAAAUUUUUUGGUAAUACUUGUCUUCUACACGGCGUGGGUGUCCCCUUUCGAAUUCGGUUUCCUCAGAGGUCCCAAAGGAGUUCUUCCCAUCACUGACAAUGUCGUUAAUGGAUUCUUCGCCAUCGACAUUGUCCUGACGUUCUUCGUCGCAUACCUCGAAAAGUCAACCUACCUCCUCAUUGACUCUCACAAGAUGAUUGCUUCGAGAUACGCAAAACGAGGGCUUACCUUUGAUAUUAUUUCCACAAUACCUUACGAGCUCGUCCACAGAAUCUUGCCUUCCAAUGUCGAGUCAUACGGCUACUUUAGCAUCCUUCGCCUAUGGCGUCUUAGAAGAGUCAGCACAUUCUUCGCGAGAUUGGAGAAAGACAGGAACUAUAAUUACACAUUCGUCCGAGUCACGAAAUUUACAUGCGUGACUCUUUUUUCGGUCCAUUGUGCUGCGUGCUUCUUUUACCUUCUUGCUGACAGGCACAAGGACCCAAAGGACACGUGGAUGGGGCUAACUAUGGACAAUCUUCAUCAAGAGCCUCUUUGGGAUAAGUAUUUCAUGGCAAUGUAUUGGUCAAUCGUCACACUCGCAACUGUUGGAUAUGGCGAUCUUCAUCCCGUCAACACAGGGGAAAUGGUUUUCGACUUUUUCUACAUACUUUUCGUUAUGGGGCUCACGGCCUAUAUUAUAGGCAACAUGACCAAUUUAAUCGUUCAAUCAACGUUCAGAACUAGGAAAUACAGAGAUACAAUUAAUGCUGCCUCGGGUUUUGCGAAAAGGAACCAACUUCCACCUCACUUGCAAGAUCAGAUGAUAGCACAUUUGAGCCUCAAGUACAGAACUGAUUCGGAAGGUUUGCAACAGCAAGAAACUCUUGAUGCGCUUCCAAAAGCUAUUCGUUCGAGCAUUUCGCAUUAUCUAUUCUAUUCUCUAGUGGAUAAGGUGUAUUUGUUUGAAGGGGUGUCGAAUGACCUGCUUUUUCAGCUGGUAUCAGAGAUGAGGCCUGAAUAUUUCCCUCUAAGAGAAGAUAUAAUUUUAGAGAAUGAAGCACCUACAGAUUUGUACAUUCUAGUUAAUGGGGCUGUGGAUCUUAUUUCUAAAAGAAAUGGAUCUGAAAGGGUAAUUGGGGAGCUGAAGACAGGGCAUGUCUGUGGUGAAAUAGGCGUGCUUUGCUACAGGCCACAACUUUUUACUGUCCGUACAAAGCGACUGAGUCAACUAUUACGGUUAAACCGGACUUCACUCUUCAAUAUUCUUCAGGCUAACGUUGCAGAUGCAACCGUGAUCAUGAACAAUCUCCUCGAGCAUCUGAAAGAGUACAAAGACCCAAUGCUGCAAGAAAUACUGUCCUUCACAGAGCACAUGCUAGCUCAUGGAAGAAUGGACAUGCCUCUCAGCUUAUGCUUUGCGGCCACUCGAGGUUAUGAUCUUUUGAUGCACCAUUUGUUAAGGAGAGGGAUGGAUCCAAACGAGCUCGAUAGCAAUGGACGAAAUGCCUUGCAUUUGGCGGCGGCUAAAGGAUCUUUAGAAUGUGUGCUUUUGCUUCUAGAUUAUGGAGCAGAUCCCAAUGGAAAAGACCUGGAAGGAAAUGUUCCGCUGUGGGAUGCUAUAUUGGGAAAACAUGAGGCUGUAAUAAAAGUGCUGGUGGAAAAUGGGGCUACACUGUCCUCAGGCGAUGUGGGACAGUUUGCGUGCUUUGCAACCGAGGAGAACAACAUAGACCUUCUCAAGGAGAUUGUGAGGUUUGGCGGGAACAUAGCUCUGCCAAACUCCGUAGGGAACACGGCACUGCACAAAGCCGUAUCUGAGGAUAAGGUUGAGAUCGUGCGUUUCCUGAUGGAGCAUGGGGCUGACGUGGACAGGCCAGACAGUGACGGCCUCACCCCAAGUGCCCUGGCCCACAGCCACAGCAUGAAGGAUCAUAUCAAGAGUGGGCCCAAGGCCCAGCCCAUGGCUGGAGGCCCACCUGCCCCGCCGCCUCACUCGAACAAGUAUUUGCGCCAAUUGGGGUCGCCUCUCAGCCUCGCGAACAAACGCUUGAGGAGACGCCCGACUAAUUUUCAGAAUUCACUUGCCGGGAUCAUCACGGCUGACCAGAAACAAAUUGAAGGAGGGAAGGGGAUAAUAACGCGUUCUCUAGAUGCGAACAAAUCACAAGGCCGUAGGGUGACUGUGAGUUGUCCAGAGAAAGGUGACGUGGCUGGAAAGCUUGUGGUUUUGCCGGGUUCUGUGCGUGAGGUGUUGGAUUUGGGUUUUGAAAAGUUUGGCUUUCGGCCCGAUAAGAUUUUGACCCAAGAUGGCUACUCGGUUGAAGAUUUGGCUGUCAUAAGAGAUGGUGACCAUCUAAUUCUCGCUAGUGAUUCACAUAUGGCCGAAACACUUGCGUAAAAUGCUAGAUUAAUUUUGUAUUGGCAAUGGUCGUUUUAUGUAUUUAUGUAUGUGUGUGUGUGUUCGAAUGUAUUCAGUAGUGCUUCGUGCAAAAGUAUCUAUUCAUUUAGAAACCACCUUUUAGAAAUUGUUGUGUCAAAUAUGUAACCUGAAAAAGCAUAAUCAAUUAAUUAAAUCAU